AUGGCGGAGGAAGAAGUUGCGGCCCCUGCUGCGAGUCCCGUCGCCUCUGAUCACAAGCGCAAACUCGAAGAUCUACAACCUGAAACCACCGAAUCUAAUGCCAACUCCAAACCCAACUCUGACGCCGACACCGCCGAUGCGGCGGUUCCCGGAGAGACUGAGAAAAAGCGUCCCCGCUUCGACGACCAGAGGGAUGGCUCUGCUAAUUCAAAUGGGCAUCAAGAUGAGCAGGUUGCUGAGCACGGAAAAGAAACUGAGGAAAGAUCGGCUUUGGAGGAUGCCACUCCUGAUCCUGAUCAAGCUAUAACCAAAGAUCCUUCGGAGGCAACUGCUGAUCAACCAACAUCUGGUGAGAAUAGUGAGCCAGCUGAUGCCAAAGAACUUCCUGUUGAGGAAAGUGCAGAGGAGCCUUCUAAGGAAACUCAGCAAGCAUCUAAGGACUCCACUGAGCAAUCUGGAGAUAAGCAACCCAGUGCUGUUGAAAAUGCUUUGCAUAAUGUGGAAGUUCCAUAUAAUAAGCAAGAUGCUUCUUCUGAACAAAAGCAACCCACAUCUGAGGCUGAGAUAACUACUCGGAAAAUAGAGGUUCCUAAUAAUAAGGUUGGUGUACUUAUUGGGAAGGCUGGAGAUACUAUUCGAUACCUACAGUAUAAUUCAGGUGCAAAGAUUCAGAUCACAAGGGAUGCUGAUGCUGAUCCUCACUGCGCAACAAGGUCUGUUGAAUUGAUAGGAAGUUUGGAAAGUAUUGAUAAGGCAGAAAGACUAAUGACUGCUGUGAUUGCUGAGGCUGAUGCUGGUGGAUCACCUUCACUUGUAGCACGAGGCCUCUCGCCUGCUCAAGCUACUAUUGGGUCUGAACAAAUUCAGAUACAAGUUCCAAACGAAAAGGUUGGAUUAAUCAUAGGGAGAGGUGGGGAAACAAUUAAAAGUCUGCAAACCAAAUCAGGGGCAAGGAUCCAGGUAGUUGUUAUCACUGAAUUACUUGAAAUUGAAAUCAUUGGUAUAUUUCUUGCAAAUUUUGGGUGUGGCUGGUCUGUGCCUCUAUCUGGGAUUUAUAACUACAGGAUAAGCAUAUCAACAUCUAAUAGUCUUGAUUUUGUUGUUAUGCAUAGUUUGAUACCUCAACAUCUUCCAGAAGGGGAUGAUUCUAAGGAAAGAACUGUUCAAGUUACUGGUGAUAAGAGGCAAAUUGAAAUUGCACAAGAAUUGAUAAAGGAAGUCAUGAAUCAGACAACAUUUUCACUUUCAUCCACUGAAGAGAGGUGGCUGGCAUUAAAACCUCAGAUUGCAGGAUGUUUAAUGGUUGGUAAGAUUGCUUCAAGACUUAAAAAUCAUGAUUCAGUAAGAAUAUGUUGUGCUGGCCUUGGUGCUCAAAUAGAGCUGCUAUGCUCCUCCCUUUUCCCUACCUUGUUUGCUGAGCCAAUCAGGCCAUCAUCCGGGGGCUUUGGCCAGCCAGCCUAUCGCCCACCCCGAGGAUCAGGUGGCCCACCCCAAUGGGGUCAGAGGGGUUCUCAUUUUGGCCAUCCAACAGCUUAUGAUUACCAGCAUCGUGGGCCAUAUCCUUCUCAUAAUCAACCAUAUGCUCCUCCAUAUGGAAACUAUCCUCAACAUAUGGCUCCGAGAAGCAGCUUUGGUUCUGGUUGGGAACAAAGGCCUCACCACAACUUUCAAGCUCCACCCCCACACAAUGGUGGUUAUGACUAUUAUGGAGGACAAGGAGGUCAUUUAUCUGAUGCUCCACCAUCCACACAGCUUCCCAAUUCAGCCCCGCCACAUGGUACUGGUCCUUCCCCUCUACCUUCUAUGGGUCCAGUCCCAACUCAGGUGAAUUACAACUAUGGACAGCCACAAGGCCAGGAUUAUGGUCAUCAAACAGCUUAUUCUCAGGCAGGACUUCCUCAACAAGGUUAUGGACAGGGGUAUGACGAGUCAAAGUAUGAAAAUCGUGCUCUUGCUCAACAUCCCUAUGCAGGACAUGUAAAUUCUCAAACUACCUACCCUCAGACUGGAGCUCAACCUAAUUACUCUACACCACAACAGUAUGGCAAGCCUCCGCUGUACGGCAUGCCAUCACAGGGACAGCCACAACAAUCAUAUGGUCACUCUAGACCUACUCAACCAGGCGAAAUGCCCUAUCAAGGUUCUGCUCCUACCCAGUCAUAUGGCACGAAUGUGCCAACACAACAACCAUACCCAUAUGCAGUAUCUGGGCCAUCACAAACAGCAUAUCCUAGUUAUGGGUCUGCACCAGCUGCAGAUGGCUACAGUCACCCACAGCCUGCAUCUGGUGCACCUUAUACCCAGCCACAACCCAGUUAUGGUCAGCCAGCUGCUCAGCCUGCAGCCAGUUAUGCACAGGUUGGUCCCGCAGGUUAUGGAUCAUACCCUACACAGCCAAGUUACCCUGAGCAGCAGGCUCCCAACAAUGCCGUUUAUGGUUACCAAGCACCCCAAGAUCCUGUUUAUAGCAGUGGUGCUGCAGCAGCAUAUAGUACUGCCCAACCAAGUGGGCAACCUGGUUAUGUUCAACCCACUCCAACUCAAACUGGUUAUGAACAGUCUAACACACAAUCGGCAGGUUAUGGGGCUGUACCAGCAACUGCUCCUACUGCGUAUGGCAAGACAUUGUCACCACAGCCUGCUGCCUAUCCCCAAUAUGACUCCACCCAGGUGUAUGGUGCUCCUCGAUGA